AUGUUCCGUAAUCUCGCCUUGACGCUUCUCCUGUCGCUUUUGCUGGCUGAGAACAACGUCCUCGCCAACUUCAACCGUGUACCCGAGCAGGACUCGAGUAUCGCUGCCAGGCAAUUUCGACAGGGCCGACAGGGUCGGCCAGGCCAACAAGGGCAGCAAGGGCAGCAGGGCCAGCAGGGUCAGCAAGGCCAGCAAGGCCAACAAGGCCAACAAAACUCGCAAAGUUGCCUGAAAAGUAACUUGAUCCAGUCUGCCAGCGACAAGACCGGACAGGAGCCAGGAACCGCUGGCAUCAAACCAGGCCAAGCACUCUCAGCAACGGACCCAGACAACUUUAUCAACUUUUGCGACGGCCAGCAAAUCACCAAUGGCGUGCAAGUCACCACCGGUUCAUGCAAUGGCGUACCCAUGGGCAAGAUACCUGCAAGCACCAACAUGAUCUCGGCCAUGAUCCUGAAUCCCCAGGCAGGCAAGACUGUUACCGCCGGUACCACAUUCAACAUUUCGGUGCAGACCACACAUCUGAACGCAGGCAACUUUGUUAAUCCCACGACCAACUACUACACUGCACCACAAGAUCUUGACGCCAAUGGAGACAUUAUCGGUCACUGCCACGUUACCGUCCAGGACAUUGGCUCGCUCGACUCGACAACGCCACCGGAUCCUACCCGGUUCGCCUUCUUCAAGGGCAUCGACGACGCUGGCAAUGGCCAAGGGUUGCUCCAGGCUGUCGUCUCGGGGGGACUUCCGGUAGGCGUGUACCGCGUAUGCACUAUUAUCGCCGCGCAGAACCACCAGCCUGUGGCAAUGCCUGUUGCUCAGCGAGGCGCCCAGGACGACUGUACCAAGUUUGAAGUUGUGGCGGCUCAGGGAAACCAGCAGAACGGGAACCAAGGGAACCAGGGUCAGCAGAACCAGGGCCAGCAAAACGGCAACCAGGCAAACCAGGGCAACCAGGGUAACCAAGCGAGCCAAGGCCAGCAGAACGGUAACCAGGCAAACCAGGGCCAACAGAACCAGGGUCAGCAGAAUGGGAAUCAGGCGAACCAGGGUCAGCAGAAUGGCAACCAGGCAAACCAGGGUCAACAGAAUGGCAACCAGGCAAACCAGGCUCCGCAAAACGGUACCCAGGCAGGCCAAGGCCAGCAGAACCAGAACCAGAGAGGCCAGUUCGGGAAGGGCAGGAAGGGCAAAGGGCCGGGUAGGGCUUUCAGAAGGCCAGCCCAGCGAGGAAAACGGACUCUGUUUCAAUGA